AUGCUUCGUUUAAUACUAUUUCUCUUCUUCUACUCCCUCACCUUCACAGUAUCUUCCUCAACAAACUCAACCCUCCCUCAAGACGCCAUAUCAUUACUCUCCUUCAAACAAACCGCCGACCAAACCAACAAACUCCUCUACACACUCAACGAGCCCUACGACUACUGCCAAUGGCAAGGCGUAAAAUGCGCGCAGGGCAGAGUAGUCCGCUUCGUCCUCCAAAGCUUCUCCCUAACCGGUUUCUUCCCUCCCAACACCCUAACCCGCCUCGACCAACUCCGAGUCUUGAGCCUCCGUAACAACUCCUUAUCCGGACCCAUCCCGGAUCUCUCACCUCUCAUCAACCUCAAAUCACUCUUCCUCGACCGGAACAACUUCUCCGGUUCUUUCCCUCCUUCCAUUCUCUUCCUCCACCGCCUCAUUACUCUCUCCCUCUCUCAUAACAACCUCACCGGUUCACUUCCGCUUCGGUUAACCCUCCUCGACCGUCUCAUUUCGCUUCGACUCGACUCCAACUCCUUCACCGGUCCUCUUCCUCCUCUCAACCAAACCGAAUUAAAACUAUUUAACGUCUCUACCAAUAACCUCACCGGUCCGGUUCCUGUCACUCAAACUCUCACACGCUUCAAACCGCUGUUUUUUUCUCAGAAUCCCGGUCUCUGCGGUGAGAUUAUUCACAAACAAUGUACUCAUCGUUCUAGAUUCUUCGGUUCAUCAAACGCCACCGUUUCUUCCUCUGCACCGUUGAGUCAGAGCGCCGAAUCGCAAGUUUUUACGCUGAUUAUAAUCGGGUUAGUUAGAAAAAACAACACCGGAGCAAUAUCGAAAUCAAAAUCUGAAUCAUCGGCGUCGGAAACUAUACCGGCGGUGGCGGGAUUGGAGGCAAGAACCGAAGUGGAAGCCGUUACGAAGGUGAAGAUGAUGGAGGAAGCGCAUAGGAGUGGGAAGUUAGUGUUCUGCUGUGGGGAGGUGCAGGAGUAUACGUUAGAGCAGCUGAUGAGAGCUUCGGCGGAGCUUUUGGGAAGAGGGAGUGUGGGGACCACUUACAAGGCGGUGAUGGAUUCAAAGGGGAUAUUGACGGUGAAGAGGCUGGACGCCGGAAAAAGUGGUGUGAUGAGUGGUGAAGAAUUUCAGAAGCAUAUGGAGAUUGUGGGGAGACUUCGGCAUCCUAAUUUGGUUCCUUUGAAGGCUUUUUUCCAAGCGAAAGGAGAGAGGCUUGUUAUCUAUGAUUUUCAACCUAAUGGAAGCCUCUUCAAUCUUGUUCAUGGUUCAAGAUCAGCGAGAGCGAAGCCGCUGCAUUGGACGUCAUGCUUAAAAAUAGCAGAAGAUGUAGCUCAUGGACUUGCUUAUAUACAUCAAGUUUCGUCCUUGAUUCAUGGAAAUCUAAAAUCCUCUAAUGUCCUUCUUGGAGGAGACUUUGAAGCUUGCAUAACCGACUAUUGUUUGGCCUUCCUUAUGGAUUCUUCAUUCACAGAAGAUCCUGAUUCUGCAGCCUACCAAGCCCCCGAGGUUCGAAAAUCUUACCGCAGGGCAAGUUCCAAGUCUGAUGUGUAUGCUUUUGGUGUGCUGCUGUUGGAGCUUUUGACGGGCAAACAUCCUUCCAAACAUCCUUUCCUUGCGCCAAUGGAGUUACAAGACUGGGUUAGAGCUAUGAGGGAUGAUGAUUUUAGCGAAGAUAACCGGUUAGAAAUGCUCACCGAAGUCGCCAGUAUUUGCAGUGCGACAUCACCGGAGCAGAGGCCAGCUAUGUGGCAAGUUCUUAAGAUGAUACAAGGAAUAAAGGAUAGUAUUUCUAUGGAGGACACUGAACUCACUGGAGUGACAUAG